AAAUUCAAGAGUUUUCUCUUCUUCUCUGGUGGAUUCCAGUGUAUUUUCUAGGGUUUUAGCGCUGGCUAACUCCCUUUCUGGUGGAUUCCAGAAACCUUCUUUUUAGGAUUUGCGCUUGCAAUCCUAGUACGACUUCCGCUAGAUCAAUUGUGACGCCGAAUAGUCUCCAACUUCAAUUCUGUCAGUGUAGCAGUCCUAGCCAGGGAUAACAACGAUUGUUUUACUACUAGCUCUGCUAGAAAACUAAUAGCUUCGUCCCCUCUAGUUGUUGUGGCCUUUACGCUUCGGGAAGCUUUACUCCAGGGGCACAACCUUGGAUUCACCCGUGACCUUUGAAUUUGAUGAUCGUAUCCUCAUUUACGCAUGCCUAGGAUAAAUAUUAUCAAGGAUAUAAGGUGUUUGAAGCAGAACUUUGAAUUCACAGGUUUUACUCGGUUGCCUCAAGAGUGCAAUUAGGCAACGCACAUCAAUACAAAUCUUCUUGGUAAGGACCUUCUUCCCCGCCCACAACCUCUUUCCUUUCACAUGAGAUUCCAAGGUUUGCUACUUCGCUUCCUACUGGUAGCACUAGAGUACCCCUUGAGUGCUCACUCCUCCUUUCGGUUGUGGGUAACUAGAGUCUCUUGUUUGACCGCUUGACGAUGCAGGAACCGUGUCUUUCGAUCUGGCGAGGUUAAGCUCUUAGAACCUUAGAUAGUUAGAUCUAUUUUAUCUCUUGUACUUCCUUUUUGUCAGUGUGUCAGACUUUCUAGCUGGUUAUACUUACUUAGUGUGGAUCUAGUUCCCGCUCUUGAGCUUUAUUUUAAUUUCUUAUAUGUUGAGUGUAAUUUGGGUUGUUUGUUUGCUAGACACACUUUGUAAUUGGGCCUUUGGGCUUUUUGGCUUCUUUUAAUCAAUAUAUAUCAUCAUCCAUCGAAAAAAAUUUCAAAAAAUAAAAAUAAAAAAUAAGAAAAAUCUUACUAUGUUUUCUUUUGUGUGUCGAAAAAAGAAAUUACACCAUCUAGUAAAUGAUUCCUAAAUCUUUCUCAUUUCAACUCAUAUAUCUCCUAACUUUUACUUGAGCUAUCAUAUUAUUAGAAUGAUAAAAAGACACAUUUUAAUCUAAUUAUAAAAUCCAAAACAUAUUUCGUGGUGGUGAAAUAGAUUGAGCUUACGUGGCUAUGUGCAUGAAAACACCUAAGCUGUAGCAGAGAAUAGGUCUAUCCAAACCAGAAAUCUUGAACUAAAGCCUGCUAUAAAAUGUUCGGCUCUGGAAUAAUCUAGAGAAGGCAAUGCCUCCCAUCCACGGGUGGUGCCGACCUAGUGUCACUGUCGUGCUUUCCAGAACCCCCUAUCACUCACUCCAUUCACAAUUUUUCUAUAUAUUUCCGAGAAACCCCUGUGUCACACUCAUAUGCACUUCACCAACAUUCAACAACAACCUUCAUUUCUUCCACAUUUUAAUCUUGAUUCUGGCAUCAAAUUCUCAACAAAAUUAAUGGCACAGGCUUCAUCCUCCAUUUUGGGUCUCAGCCUCCCCAUACUUCCUAAGACAUCAUCAAGAGAUGUUCAUGUUUAUCCCUCUGGAAAAACCCUUUUUCCUCCAUUGUCCAAGUUGAAGCCCCUCAGAGCCAUGACAGGAGGAGACGCAAGAGAACAAAAGCUUGAAAGUGUGCCAAGAUACAACAACAACAAGCCUCACUCCCAACCCAAAAAAAGAGUUGUCCCUUCUGCACCCAUAGGUCUAUGGGACCGGUUUCCUACAGCGAGGACGGUGUCACAGAUGAUGGAGACGAUGGAGAGGAUGAUGGAGGACCCAUUUGCGUUGAGCACACUCGAGUAUCCAUCAUCUCCUCUGCCGAGUGAAGGGUACCGGACGAGGGGAAGGGCACCGUGGGAGAUUAAAGAGGGAGAAUGUGAAUACAAGAUGAGGUUUGAUAUGCCUGGGAUGAUCAAGGAAGAUGUGAAGGUGUGGGUGGAAGAGAAGAUGCUGGUCGUCAAGGCUGAAAAGACACCCAAGCAGAACAAACAAGAAGAAAAACAAGAGGAAGAAGAAUGGUCUGCUAAGAGCUAUGGCAGGUAUAGUAGUAGGAUUGCCUUGCCAGAGAAUGUGCAGUAUGAGAAGAUUAAGGCAGAGAUUAGGGAUGGUGUUCUUUACAUAACCAUACCUAAGGCUACUACCUACUCAAACGUUCUUGAUAUCCAUGUUCAAUGAUUCAUUGUUUGUAGUAUCCAGUUGUUCUUAAUUCAAUUUUCCAGAGGGUUA